CAGUAAUGCACCUUUUCGCUGGUUUGCCAAAACGCUAGAAGAAGAAGAAAAAGAAGACUUUUAUUUUGGUUUGACGCCGUGACGUCAUAAGUCUGCUCCCCGCGUCUGUGAUUCGGCUGAGGAGAGUGCUCGAGGAGCUGAUGGACUGUCCAAACACACAGAACCAUGGCAUUUAUUAAAGAGGAGACUGUAGACAUAAGGAUUGAAGAAGUCUUCUGUCUCAAACAAGAGGAUUUCGAGGAACUAACAGACCUGACAGCAAUUAAAGAGGAGAAUGAAGUGCUGAAUGAAAUGGAAGAGAAAGAUCAGCAUGAAAACCAUGAAUUCACAACUGAAGAAAAAUCUUUCAAUUGCUCACAGAUUAAGAAGACUUCCUCCAGAAAAAGAGUUAAAAAAGCGAUAGGAGCUAGAAGUUGUUUUACCUGCUUUCAGUGUGGAAAGCUUUUCACUCAAAAAGGAAGCCUUAACAGGCACAUGAGAAUUCACACUGGAGAGAAACUCUACACUCAGUGUGGAAAAAGUUUUGAUCAACAUAGAAAUUUUGAAGUCCACAUGAAAGUUCAUACAGGAGAAAGGCCUUUUACCUGCCAACAGUGUGGAAAACAAUUCAACCAAAAAGUAAACCUUGAAUCCCACAUGAGAGUACACACUGGAGAAAGGCCUUUCACUUGCCAGCAGUGUGGAAAACGUUUCACUCAAAAAGGAAGCCUUAACAGGCACAUGAGAAUACACACCGGAGAAAAGCCUUACUCGUGCCCUCAGUGUGGAGUAAGUUUCACACAAAAAGCGGUUCUCAAUAGGCACAUAAGAAAUCAUACUAGGGAAAAGCCUUACACAUGCCUUCAGUGCGGAAAGUGUUUUGAUCAAAAUGAAAGCUUGAAGCACACAUGAGAUGUCACACUGGAGAAAGACCUUUCACCUGCCAACAGUGUGGAAAACACCUUCAAUCAAAAAACAAACCUUACCAGGCAAUAUGAGAAUUCACACUGGAGAGAAGCCUUACACAUGCCUUCAGUGUGGAAGGAGCUUUCAUCAACAUGUAAACCUUAAAGUACACAUGAGAAUUCACAAUCGUGAAAAACUUUAUUCAUGCCUGCAGUGCGGAAACAGUUUUGCUCAAGAGGGAAACCUUAA